ACAUGAGUCCAAGGUAGAGAGAGAGAGAGAGAGAGAGAGAGAGAGAGAGAGAACUGAAAUUCAUCAAUGGCAUCAACUUCUUGUUUCCUCUACCACUCUGCGCCGUCCACCGCGGCAGCGGCGAAGACCCCGUCUCGGCGCGCAGCAGCAGCAGCAGCAGCGGCGGCGACCGUCAGGCCGACCCAGAUGGCCUGCCGGGCGCAGAACCAGGCCGGCAGCGACGACGAGGUUGAUGGCGGAGCUGCAGUUUCGCGGCGGCUGGCGAUGACAGCCCUUGUGGGCGCCGCCGCCGUCGGAAUCAAGGUCUCACCGGCCGACGCCGCAUACGGACAAGCCGCAAAUGUUUUCGGAAAGCCGAAGACGAACACCGACUUCUUGCCGUACGACGGCAGCGGGUUCAAGGUGUUGAUCCCGUCGAAAUGGAACCCCAGCAAAGAGGUCGAAUACCCCGGCCAAGUCCUCCGAUACGAGGACAAUUUUGACCCGAACAGCUACGUUGCCGUCAUGAUCACCCCGACGACGAAGAAGACCAUCACCGACUACGGUCCGCCGGAGCAAUUCCUCUCACAAGUUGAUUACUUGCUAGGAAAACAAGCUUACGCUGGCAAAACAGAUGCUGAGGGCGGCUUUGGCAGCGAUGAGGUCGCGGUUGCUAACAUUAUAGAGUCCUCGACGCCCGUGGUGGAUGGUAAACAAUACUACUACAUCUCAGUGCUUACGAGGACUGCCGACGGUGACGAAGGCGGUAAGCAUCAUCUCAUCACGGCCACCGUCUCCGACGGUAAGCUCUACAUCUGCAAGGCGCAAGCUGGUGACAAGAGAUGGUUCAAGGGGGCGCAGAAGUUCGUCGAGAGCACGGCCAAUUCCUUCAAAGUUGCCUAAGAAAGAAAGAGUUUGGUAUGAAGGUUUAUGCAUACUAUUGUAAACAAGUUGUGUAAUAUAGUUACUGAUGUUGGUUUCUUCAGGAUCUUAUAUAAUAAUGUUGGCAUGGGACCAUUUAGAAGAAUAAAUUUGGUACCAGAACUUUCAAAAGAGGUUUGAGUUUAA